GAGAUUAAUUCCCUUUGGUGUUAUAUACAGGAUUAUCAACGCAGCUCAUGAUUUAUGUAAAGACGAACACAUGAAAAUUAUUCAGGAAAUAGGAACGCAUGUGACUGUGAGGUGGAGAGACAGGAAAGAACAGAAAGAAAGAAGUUUUUUUUUCUUGUAUAUUUUGCGCUCGAAAUUCAAGUAAGUGCAUCUAGAGAGGAACUAACAAUCCUUCGACAGACGUGCGUGUGAAUGUGUGACAAGAAUUAGGGACACGGAAAAGACAACAAAAGAAGAAAUAAUAAGUGAAUGAAGACAGACAAACAGAUUAACGUUUGGACGAAUGUGUGUGUGUGUGUGUGUGUGUGUGUGUGUGUGUGUGUGUGUGUGUGUGUGUGAGGAAGACUAGGAAAAAAAAGACAGAAAAACAUUCCUCAGGAAGCUACAUUGUAAUUAUCUUACGCAGUCUGCCCUUAAACCCAACAUUUCUGAGGCCCUCGAAUAUAAACCCACCAUACUUCCCAACAUAAUUCCGUGCAAUGAACAGUGUAUUUACCUGCUCUGCUCCCAUAUAUAAACCCUGGAGACUUAUAGAGGUAUUGUGUAAUCAUCUAUAGGGAGUUUAUAUGGGCGGUUUAUAUGUGUCCUAGCUAGGCAGUGUUGUUUACGGAGUGAGGGAGAAGCAGGCGGGUGAUCCUCCUCCUCCUCCUUCUCCACCUUCACCUGUCUGCUUCCCUCCUCCGCCCCUGCCUGUACACCCGCCCACCAUGGCUCGGCCCUACCUCCAAAUCUGGCUUUUUCCAAUGUCUAAGCAAGACCAUUUGUGAUGCGCGGAGGAGGGUGGCCGCGGGCUGUGAGGGUGGCUGGUGUGGUGGUCCUGCUGUGUGUGGCAUGGCUCCAGCUCGCCCUUCCUCCUCUGCCACACGACCCACAGUCUGUCCUCGGAGGUGCUGCCAGAGAGUCCCCUGAGGCUGACCCCGCCCUCAGCCUGCAGCGCAAUCCCACCUCUAAGUUCCUCCAUGCCAAAUCAGAUGGAGUGAAGCUGUCCUCAGUGCCUCAUCUCACAGAGGAGCAGAUAAGGGAGAUCAAAGAACAGAUCCAGAGACGCAGUGGUAAUGAGACUGUGCUGAAUGAGGAGCUCUUUGGUCCUGUGCAGCCUGACACCAUUGUUAUCGCUGUACAGGUACACAAUCGCUUGGAGUACUUGCGUCACCUCAUAGUCUCCCUGGCCCAGGCGCGGGACAUCGAUUUGGUGCUCCUGAUCUUCUCACACGACUACUAUGACGAGGACAUCAACCAGCUCAUCACCACCAUUGACUUCUGCAAGGUGAUGCAGAUUUUCUACCCACACUCUCUGCAAACCCACCCACACAUCUUCCCUGGAGAGUCCCCCGGCGACUGCCCUCGAGACACCAAGCCAGAGGAAGCUGCAAGGACCAAGUGUGUGGGCACUCCAGACCUCUACAAGCAUUACCGGGAGGCUCGCUUCACUCAGACCAAGCAUCACUGGUGGUGGAAGGCAAACAAGAUCUUUGAUGAUGUUUGGGUGCUGAAGAACCACACAGGUCUGGUGCUGUUCCUGGAGGAAGACCACUAUGUUGCUGAGGACUUCCUGUACAUGCUGAAGCUGCUGAACACUGCCAUGCCUCGUGCCUGCUCCAAGUGUUCCCUCAUCACCCUCGGCAACUACCUGAAGACCUACAACUUCCACACUGAUGCCAGGAAGGUGGAGGUAACACAGUGGGUGUCCUCCAAGCACAACAUGGGAUUUGCAUUCAACCACAGCAUUUGGCAACAGAUCAAGGCUUGCAAUGAGAAGUUCUGCAACCACGACGACUACAACUGGGACUGGUCGUUGCUUCAUGUGAGCAACACUUGCCUCACCCAGAAGCUCCACACGCUGGUCCUCCGCGCUCCAAGAGUCUUCCACAUCGGAGAAUGUGGAGUACAUCACAAGAAGAAGGACUGCAGUUCUCGAACCGUGCUCAACAAGGUGCACAGAACGCUUCAGGCUGGUCAGCGCACACUCUUCCCACGGCAGCUCAUUGUGGUCCACACCCCGCCAAAGAAAGUCCCCCAGGUCAAGAAGCACAAGGGCAAUGGUGGCUGGGGUGACAGGAGGGACCACGCACUCUGCCGCUCCUUCAGUGUGUCCACGGGUCUGGAGUACAGCAGUGUGCUGUCCUCCUCUCUCUUCUCCGGCCACACCCUAACCAAUGGCACUGUACAAAUUCGAAGUGGCUCUUGAUCACGGUAAUGUUCUCAUUUUAUACUGAAUUAGGUUAUGCCAUGUCUCAUUCAUUAGCUUGCGAUACUUUUCCCAACCACUUUAGAGAUUCAUUGGCUCAUACAGUUCCUAUGUAGUGUGACCUCAUCAUCUCAAGUCAGAAGUGUGCUGUAAGGUCUUGGCAUUGCUUUGAUGGCUUCAUUCAUGCACUACUUGGAGUCACAAGAGGAGGGUUCAUAUGCAUUAUUUUGAUAAUUUGGUGUGUGGAGAAACUAUGUCACUUUCAUUGUUCAUUGAAUGUAAAAAUACAGAAAACAGGAAUGGGAAUCACACUGUAUUGGUACAUUCCCUGGAAGUGAUAUGUAUAGAGGCCACAGUAGCAGUAGUAUUGCAUACUGGGUAAAUUCUGGCAUUGGCUACCUAUUUCAUUCAUCUUUUAUUUAUUUAUUUAUUUAUUUAAUUAACUAAUUAAUUAAUUAAUUUAUUUAUUUAUUAAUUAAUUUUCUAAAACUAUAGUGGAGCAUUAAGAACAGAGCAGGCCUCUUUUGUAGUUGUUUAUUUAUUCUUUUUUUUUUUCUCUGGCACUGUCUGUAUUUGUGUAAACUGAAAGGUUUGUAGUUUCUUAGGCAGUGUCCUUUGAAGGUCAGGAUAGCCAGUUCACUGUCAUGCCAAGAGUUUGAAGGAGCUGGACUGAUUAUGGCAGUCAAGUGACCAACACAGUUUGACAAUCUUUGAAGGAAAAACACAUGGUGUGUCACCUGGGAAUCAUUGCAUCGUACAUUCUUGUAGGUUUAAUAAAACCAUUGUACACUGGACAUCACUAGAAUGGUUUAACCAACAGUCAGUGAUAAAAAAAAAUAAUAAAUAAAUAAAAAUCCAAGGAUUCAGACCUUGGGGUAUUUGGUCAAUGUUUAGUGAUUCAGAUUGAUCCAGUAACAGUUUGGUGAUUCAUAAAUCUCUAUCUCAUGGCUUUAUGGAGGACCUGAGAGGCCACAGCAAGCCACACAGAGUAACAGAAGCUAAUAUGAAUGCCAGAGAUUAUUAAUAUAUUUGCAUUAUUGCAUUAAAGAGGCUUAACUAACAAACCAUCCUUAAGACAUAAAAAGAAUUAGUGCUAUUAUCAUGUGUAUCUUAUGCUGAUAGCCUUUUUUCAGGUAAUAAUUUGGGAUGUGGGUAUUGUUUGGUCUUAAAGUUUACAUAGUGCAAUACAUCAGAUUUAAUUUUUUUGUGCAAUUUUUCAAGCAUAGGUGGUGUUCUAGAAAUUAUUUAUCAUGCACAAAUUUUUUGCACGUCCUCUUAGAAUUGAUAGAUUUUUUACUAAACUUUCUAAAUUUUUUCAACUCUUGUGAGAGGAGAUGGAAGAGGACAUGGAUUUGCUCAUAGUGUGCUUUAAGUGAACAGUGAGAAAUUCUUGUAUCUCAUCUGAUGCUGUUUGUGACUGCCCCUGUUGCUCUGUGGUGUUGCUUGCCCCAUCAGCACUCAUGGCAUCAGUGCAUUGGUUAUCAGGAGUCUUGUCUUAGCCAGUUUAUCAUUUCUUCCAGCCUGACCAUAUGUAUGUGUGUAGGUGUAUGUGUGUGUGCAUGUAUAGGUAUCUGCUAAAUGGAGGCAUGAACCUCUCUAUGUGUACUGGACUGAGAGCAGAAGGUCAUUGCUAUCAAAAUCUGUGUCUAUCCAACUGAGGUUUCCCAAGUUAUGGGUCAGAAUCCAUCUCUGUUCAUCAGUUACCUUGGGGUUCAUAGUGUUCCACUGGAUGCCAUAUUCUUUUUGAUGCAUUGUACUGUAAGGCCAGUUUGACUAGUCCCAGUUUUAGACUUAACGCUUAUUGUACGCCACCAAUGUUUUAGUUUUCUUGUACUACAGGUAGUCGUCGUACAUACUGGUACCUGCACAUGAUUUUUGCUAUGUGUCAUGUUCCCCGCUACUCUUUAUACCUUCAUCAGGGAGACCCAUUUGUAAGAGUGCUUUUUCUGCUGAUGUUUGUAUUUUCAUCUCGUGCUUCUCAUAGUCUCCCCAUAAAGAGAUGCCCAGUGACUGCAGCAGAAAUAUUUAUGCUGAUGAUCGUGUUAGCCAGACAUGACUAGACCAGCCCGGCAGAGUGCACAGUCUUUUAUGAGGCUGUGAAGGGCUCUGGUUUUGUAGUGAUCUGUGUUUUAUGCCAGUUUAGUGUUUUGUAAUCAAUGCCAAAAAAAUAUAAAAGAUAACCACUAAAAGCUAAUCCAUCAGAGGCUCAGUUGUAUAAUGUUAUAGUAUUUAUAUUUUAUUUGUUGUUCUUUGUUAUUGUUAUGAGUUUAGUUUAUUUUUUCCUACUUUUGUUUUUCUCCUUUUCUUAGGCAUGAUCUAUCAAAUAUUCUUUAUAUUGUUAUAGUCAAAAAUGUUCACAUUUAUGAUUUGGUGUAAGUAGCUCCUUCCUUGUUAUCAUAAGUGUGUGUGUGUGUGUGUGUGUGUGUGUGUGUGUGUGUGUGUGUGUGUGUGUGUGUGUGUGUGCUGAUUAUUUUAAAGGUGAGAGGGAGUGUUGUAAAAGUGCAUCAUAAAAGUGGAGUAGAAAGAAUUGAAGAGUGAUAUAAGGGUGUAGAGGCAUAAGAGAGGAUGUUACAAGAGUGUUCUAAGGUACUGGUGCAAGGGUGUAUCUCAGACCAGUAGUUCCCAAUCUGAUGUUCAAGAAUUUUCACAAUUUAUGGUGUAAUUCUCAGGUAAAGGAAAAAUUGAAAGAGCACAAAGAGAAAAACAUUAAUGUACUAAUAUAUACUUUAUUUCUGAUAUUGAUUUCUGAUUUGUGAGAGAAAAAAAUUCUUCAUUGUUACAAUUUUUUUUGUUUCAUAUUGAAAGUGGUUAAUUUUGCACAAGGAGUAAUGAUUCUAAAUAACUUUAUAGUUCUCCAUUGAAGUUGAAUACAAUGGGAAAUAUUGAUAGGAACUGUAUAACAUGUCAUGACUCAUGGGCAGUGUAGUGAGUGGACAGGUUCUGCUUGGCGUGCCUGUGAGUGUUACCCAUGAGGCAGAAUGGAAGGAUGGCUGGGCAUGCCUGAUAGUGCCAUCAACUGCUGUAUAUUAGAAGUGUGGCUGUAUUUAUAAAAGAAAAGGAGUGAAUAUGGUGUAAAUUAUGGAAGGGAUAUCUAGCAGUUGAUUAGCUCCAGUCCUUGACUCAGGCCACCCUGGUGCAUCUAUGGCAGCUUGGUGUGUCAAACACAUAUGUAUAUUUGAUUGUAUUGUUUUGGCUCACACAUCAGCUGGCACCCAGCUGUGGCCAGCUGGCUGAGCAUUAAGGUCACCAAUGAUAAAUAAGAAUGAUAGUUCUGCAGAUGGCUCUGAGUCACUUGUGAAAGAUUGACUGAUAAAAACUUGUUGAGAAAAAAAGAUUGUGUUCUGAUAUGAGUUGUUGUUUAAUUAUAUUUAUUUAUUCGUAUAUUUCAUGUUUUCAUGUAAUUCACCCAAGCUCUUUAGGAUCACGUGCUGGACUUGUGAUCCUUAGCUGUAUUCUUUCCCAUGAGAGCUUUGAGCUCUCAUGGGAUAAGGCUGUGAUCUCACACACAUCACAUACCCAAUCCUCUUGCUCAAAGAGGACAGAAAUUGCUUGCUCAUCAGUGAACACCAGUAUGGUCAAUAGAUGUGAUCACCUGGGGUCAGCCUUAGGUACUUUUAUUACCUUGAUGAGAGAAGUGUUUAUGGCAAAGCAACAGACAGACUGUGUGAUAGAACAGAACUUUAUUUACAGAAGCUAGACAACUUUGGCUUACCAUUUUGCCUCUUCAGUAGCUACAAACAUUCCUGAAGAAAACUUUAAACAACUUGAGUCUGUCAUGUGACAGAUGAGGUAGUGAGCAAUGUUACUCACUUGUGGAUAUGUGAAUCAUGCACUGGAUUUCUGAUUAUGGAAAGAGCUCAUGGAGAGAACUUUGAGCUCAUUCAAAUUGAUCAGUGGGUAAGGCUGUGACUUUUCACACACCAUGUACCCCAUCCACUUAUUUGAGAACAGCAACUGCUUGAUCAUCAGUGAAAACUUCAAGAAACCUGUGCAGACAUGAACCUCAACCUGCUGAAUGGCAGGCAGGGACGUUACCACUGAACUAAUGUGUGUGUGUGUGUGUGUGUGUGUGUGUGUGUGUGUGUUUGUAUGUGUGUUGAAGUGGCACAUAAUGGGGAGCAGCAAAUGCUUGUAUUGUUGCUCUCCCUUCCACUUUGACUUCUAAAAAGGUAUUGAUAAUCAAAAAUAGACUUGAUAUACUCCAUAGACUAAACAAGAAAUGGCUGCUUACAGAAGCACAAAUGUUAUAAUUGUCAGCAGAUUUAAUUUGUAGUACAUAUAAGUUUAACUAAAUAUACUGCACAAUUUGAGAACUGUCUCAGUUAUAUGUAUACAUUAACACAGUUGUAUGUAUUAAGAUAUAUAAAUAUGGAUUGUGUAUCUGCUAUGAAUGUGUGACAUGAAAGGCUGUAUUUUGUAAGAAUGAAUUGAAGCACUAAGAAUAUUUGUAUAUUAUUAUAGUUUUGAUUUGCA